AUGUGUUUCCCUCACAUGCAGUACAAUCAGCCUCUAAGAAACUUACACACACAGCCCCCAACGGGCCGCACAGCCCCCUACGGGCCACACAGCCCCCUACGGGCCACACAGCCCCCUACGGGCCACACAGCCCCCUACGGGCCUACACAGCACCCUACGGCAACACAGCCCCCUACGGCAACACAGCCCCCUACGGGCCACACAGCCCCCUACGGGCAACACAGCCCCCUACGGGCCACACAGCCCCCUACGGGCCACACAGCCCCCUACGGGCCACACAGCCCCCUACGGGCCACACAGCCCCCUACGGGCCACACAGCCCCCUACGGGCCUACACAGCACCCUACGGCAGCACAGCCCCCUACGGCCGCACAGCCCCCUACGGGCCGCACAGCCCCCUACGGGCCGCACAGCCCCCUACGGGCCGCACAGCCCCCUAUGGCCGCACAGCCCCCUACGGGCCGCACAGCCCCCUACGGCAACACAGCCCCCUACGGGCCACACAGCCCCCUACGGGCCACACAGCCCCCUACGGGCCUACACAGCCCCCUACGGCCGGACAGCCCCCUACGGGCCGCACAGCCCCCUACGGGCCGCACAGCCCCCUACGGGCCGCACAGCCCCCUACGGGCCGCACAGCCCCCUACGGGCCGCACAGCCCCCUACGGGCCGCACAGCCCCCUACGGGCCGCACAGCCCCCUACGGGCAACACAGCCCCCUACGGCUACACUGCCCCCUACGGGCAACACAGCCCCCUACGGCAACACAGCCCCCUACGGGCCGCACAGCCCCCUACGGGCCGCACAGCCCCCUACGGGCCGCACAGCCCCCUACGGGCCGCACAGCCCCCUACGGCCACACAGCCCCCUACGGGCCACACAGCCCCCUACGGGCCACACAGCCCCCUACGGGCCACACAGCCCACUACGGGCCACACAGCCCACUACGGGCCACACAGCCCCCUACGGCAACACAGCCCCCUACGGGCCACACAGCCACCUACGGGCCACACAGCCCCCUACGGGCAACACAGCCCCCUACGGCAACACAGCCCCCUACGGGCAGCACAGCCCCCUACGGGCAGCACAGCCCCCUACGGGCCGCACAGCCCCCUACGGGCAACACAGCCCCCUACGGGCCACACAGCCCCCUACGGGCAACACAGCCCCCUACGGCAACACAGCCCCCUACGGGCCGCACAGCCCCCUACAGCAACACAGCCCCCUACGGGCCACACAGCCCCCUACGGGCAACACAGCCCACUACGGCAACACAGCCCCCUACGGGCAACACAGCCCCUUACGGCAACACAGCCCCCUACGGGCCGCACAGCCCCUACGGCAACACAGCCCCUCUACGGGCCACACAGCCCCCUACGGGCAACACAGCCCCCUACGGCAACACAGCCCCCUACAGGCCGCACAGCCCCCUACGGCAACACAGCCCCCUACGGCAACACAGCCCCCUACGGCAACACAGCCCCUUACGGCAACACAGCCCCCUACGGCAACACAGCCCCCUACGGGCCGCACAGCCCCCUACGGCAACACAGCCCCCUACGGGCCACACAGCCCCCUACGGGCAACACAGCCCCCUACGGCAACACAGCCCCCUACGGGCCGCAAAGCCCCCUACGGCAACACAGCCCCUACGGCAACACAGCCCCCUACGGCAACACAGCCCCCUACGGCAACACAGCCCCUUACGGCAACACAGCCCCCUACGGCAACACAGCCCCCUACGGGCCACACAGCCCCCUACAGCAACACAGUCCCCUACGGCAACAAAGCCCCCUACGGGCCACAAAGCCCCCUACGGGCCACACAGCCACCUACGGGCCACACAGCCCCCUACGCGGACACUGA